ACAACGGGCACGCCUACAGCACGCGGUUGAACCAUUUGAGGUGAGGGAGAAAUAUAUGCGUGUAAUCUUCUGUUGGAUUUCGUGAAACGAGGUCAAGACAAAGAAAAGCACGUUGUUUGUUGAUAGAUAUUUAGAUCAUGAUCAUGACCUACCAGGAUCAAACAGAUAUUGACUAUGAAACAAGUCUGGCAGCAGAGGGACUCAUGUUAAUGUCAAAUGUUGUGGUCGCUUCAAAUAUGGUACAACGAACAGCUGACGAGAAAAAUAUGGCAGACGUUACCACAGAGAAGACAGACUCUUUGUUCAAUCUUGCCAGUAUUCUCACGGACCUGGGGAAGAUCAGGCAGCAACAUAUUGACCAUGACUAUUUUAGAGGGGAAAUGAAGAGAGUUCAUCUGAGAUCUUUACAAAAUGACGGGAGUUUCAUUGAUAAAUCUACAAAAGACAAGAAACGAAAGCGCGCAAAAGCGACCCCGCCCACUUCAGUAGCUGAAGGUUCCGACGAAGAUGAUGGCUCUGUGUGUAAUGCGAAGAAGAAGCUGCAUCAAUGUUAUUAUAAGGGAUGUGCCAAAAUGUACGGGAAAAGCUCACACUUGAAGGCACACCUGCGAACACAUACUGGAGAGCGUCCAUUCCCCUGCACUUGGUCAGGCUGUGAUAAGAGAUUCGCCAGGUCAGAUGAAUUGGCCCGACAUUUGAGGACACACACAGGAGAGAAGAGGUUCUGCUGUCCCUACUGUGAAAAGCGGUUUAUGAGGAGCGACCAUCUUAACAAGCAUGCGAGACGUCACCCAGAAUUUGAUCCCAUCGUACUGCAGAGGUCAAGGUUAAGGAAGAAUGGUGCCAGUCCUGCCACUCCGGGCGAAGAAACUGACCGCUGAACUGGGAAAAUCCAGAAACUGGUUUAAAUGGUUUAAAAAUCAAAAGGAUAUAAGGAUCUGUCAAUUACACAUAGCAAACACUCAUUGAGAUUCAUCAAUUGUGGGGUAGAAUUAUUGUGGGCUGGUCUAUAUUUUAACAUUGUUUGAGAAAUGAGACAGCACGUACCCUUGCAUGUAUAAGUAGAAUAUGAUUCGAGAGCUCAACUGCUUUGAAUUCAGUGAUAAAAAGUACGAAGCAUUCUAUACACAUAUCACAAUGUGCCAGCGAGAAAGUUCUUUGUAGCAAAUAUAUAUACACAAUGUACUCGAUCAUAUGUACAUAAAAUCAAAUUGUAUAUUUUUUUCAUGUUGUGUGGAUCUCAUGGAAUGUUUCUAUUUAUGUUAAAUUCAAGUAAUCAAUAAACUGAUUGCUGAAUGUCAACAAUGCAAUGUACGAUGAAGCUGGGUGUGUAUUUUGCCAAUGGGGGAAACCCAUUCUGAUAAAUUUGUGAAAUGUUGAAAAAGAUAGAUAUAGUGUUCUUAUAAAUGUUAUAAAAUUGAUUUUUUUUGCUCUGUAUGUAUUUGUUUCCUAACGAUGUGUUCACUCAUCAGAGGAAUACUAUGUACAAACUUACUGCAAGUAGUGUUAUUUUCAUAUUUUGUCUCUGUGAUGUAAAACUGUGUUGAUAUCAAGAAAUGCAGGUAGAUUUAAAUAUUUUUAUGAGAGAAAAUUAAGAAACCAUGUGUAAUUUAUUUUACUACAAUAUGGAGUUUUAACGUGUUUCAUGUCUUGAUCACAUGUACUGAAUAAUCGCCCUCCGGUUUGUUGUUGCUACUGGUUUGCAUUAGAAAAGUUUGGGACAUGAAUAGUCUUAUUAUGGAUGUUGUUAUGGAAUAUGGCUUCUGUUUAUGUGGUUGGAAUACAAUGUUUGUCAGAUUACACUAAUGGCCAGUUGUUAAGCAGUUCUAGAUACCAAACAAAUGGCACAGAUAUAUUAAAUUAUCUGUAAAUUUUUCCUCAGUUGUACACAUGUAAUAUAGUGGGAGUGAACAAGGUCAAAGGAAGGCAGGGAUAAAAAAGGGGGGGGGGGGUAUAGGGAUAAAGGGAGGUACAUGUAAUACGAAUAAAAGAUCAAGAGAGAGAGGGGGGUGAGAAUGGAGAGGGUAGGAGUAGGGGGAACCCUAGUUAAUGCUCUUUGUAUUCACUGAUACUCACAGAUCUGAUAUAAUGUUGAUUUUUGCAGUGAUAAUGAUUAAUCUCUUGUGUAAUGAAACUUGUGGGAGAUGAUCACAAUAUGCUAUCGAGUACCUGAUGGGGCGGUAGUUGAUUUGAUUAGAAUUGUGUGUAUUGUGGUUUUUUACUUGUCAUGUUCAGUUGUAGUAAGUACAUAGACAAUGUACACAUUUAUAGGUUUGGUAGAGGUACAGUUUUUGUGCGUUUCUCGGUCUGUUGGUCAGUUUGUUGCUCGGGUGUCUUGCCUCUGACCUAUUGCCAGGUUGUGUUCCUUUGAUAUGUGGUGUUUUCCCUUACCAUUUGUUAUGUGAUUUUUUUUUUCACUUUUAGUGAAAUUUCACCAGUCCCCAGGAUCAUAAAAUUGAUGUAAACUUAAGUCAAGCUAUCCAUGAUCUGUUAGAUGCAUAUUGUAUAUAAAACUGAUCCUCAGCACGUGUAAUGAACAGCACUCUGAAUAUCUAGAUUUAUAGACUGAAUCAUUUUAUUUGAUGACUGUCCACCGCUACAUAUAGUUGUAUAAGACUUGGGUAGAAGCUCUGAUGUGAUUCUGGGGUUAGUAAUACGAGGGUAGAAGCUCUGAUGUGAUUCUGGGGUCAGUAAUACGAGGGUAGAGCUCUGAUGUGAUUCUGGGGUUAGUAAUACGAGGGUAGAAGCUCUGAUGUGAUUCUGGGGUCAGUAAUACGAGGGUAGAGCUCUGAUGUGAUUCUGGGGUCAGUAAUACGGAGGUAGAAGCUCUGAUGUGAUUCUGGGGUCAGUAAUACGAGGGUAGAGCUCUGAUGUGAUUCUGGGGUCAGGAGUCCUGUUAAAAGUGAUACAUUGCCAUAUGAUUGACACAUGUAUGUUGAUGAUAUUUAACUUUCAUUUAUUGUUGUUUGUAUUCUAUCAGAGAAAUCCAGUUUGCUACAAAUAUUUUUUUUUCUGAUGUACUCUCUAUUGCUAACUUAAUUCCAAGUGAAAACAGUGAACGAUUUCCACAUGAUAUAGCAUUAGCAGGUGAAGUAUUUUCUACAAUGGUUUGAUGUUUUAUGAUGGUAUAGAAUUAUACACAGGUAAAUACCAAAAGUCUGCAUUUGUGAUUUUUCUAGACAGUAUGGUCGUUGGUAGCAAAGGAUUCAUACUUUCAUAAUUGAGAGGUGUUUGAAAGUCGCACGCGUGUACACAAGGAUGUGAAAGGGGUUUAGCCUGUGAAUUUACAUGUUGUUUUUUUUUCAUGAUUAUAAUCGUGUUAUUGCGUUGUAUGUACGAUAGUUGAAGAGUUAUAUUCUAAUGGUGAUUUUGCAAAAGAGUUUGCAUAUGUAAAAUCUUUCAUUUCACUGUCUUAAGCAAUCUCUUCACAGACAAAAUGCUUCCACGUCAUCAAUUGCACAUAAAAACAUGAAGAUACCAAAAAUGAAAAUUGUUUCAGUUUUCAGCAUUGUGGUGUGCAAAGACUAUUUUCAAGGUCUUAAUUCAUUCCAUUUCGUGAUAACUAUGUGAUUGAAAAUUUUCUUGUUUGGAGAAUUUUUUAAAAUUCAUGCUUAUUACUACAUAGACAAUUUACUACAUGUAUAUGUACAUAGAUAUUGUAUGUGUUACAUACACAUUCUCUAUAUUGUGUUGUAAAACAUAUACAGUUUACUACAUGUACAUUGUAUAUAUACAUUGUAGAUAUUGUAUAUGUGACAUAUACGCAUUGUGAGUAUUGCAUUGUGUUAUAUACACACUGUAGGUAUAAUAUUGUGUUAUAUACACACUGUGGGUAUAUCAUUGUGAUAUAUACAUACUGUGGGUAUAUCAUUGUAAUAUAUACACACUGUGGGUAUAUCAUUGUGAUAUAUACACACUUUGCAUAUAACAUUGUGUUAUAUACACACUGUGGGUAUAUCAUUGUGAUAUAUACACACUUUGGGUAUAACAUUACGUGUAUUGUAUGUAUGAUUGGUGCUAACCUGUGUGAUUCAUACUGAUAUCGAGAUCUGUCCAUAUAUAUAUUGUUGUUCCAUUCAUUUGAAAUACAUUAUAACAUUUUAGUGAAAGGGUUUACUUGCAGAUCUGAUUCAUCAAAAACCUGUUAUUUUACCAUACCAAGCAAAUAAUUCUGAGUCAGCAUUUAUUAUGAUGAUCAUUAUUUUUCAGAUCUGAAACUAUCUAUCCAUGUAUAUCUUCCUGCAGAGACAUGUAUAUGUUCAAAAUAAAAAGUGUGUAAAUUUUUAUUUUUUAAUAUUUGGUGCAAAAUGAGAGUAAAUUGUCUUGAAAUACCAGACAAGAAGCCAUCCUGGAGGUGAGAUAUCAAUGAUAUUGAAGAUGUAUAGUUUUUGUACAGAAGUUUGUAACUUUUAUCUUUUAAACAAACAGUAUGAAAUACAUGUAUGUUACUCCAUUAGUAGUGGGUGUUUUAGUCUCCGUUUUUGAGUUGUACCUGUAAAUAAUUUUAUUUUUGUUGAUGUUGAAUUAUAUAUCUAGUUAUAAUGUAACUGUUUCAUCGAAUUCAUUUGUGGCAAUAAAAAAUUUUGUCUCAUGCAAA